UGUGUGUGUGUGUGUGUGCAGGUCGGGAUGUGGUGGUCCUGGCCCCUGGUGUCAGUGCUGGUGCUCUGCUCUCUGCUGUCGGUGGGGACCGUGAGAACCGCUCCAUGUCAGACCUGCCGCAAACUCACUGAGCGCUUCAUCCAGGGUUUGGAGCGAACAGCCAAUAAGAAUUUUGGAGGAGGGAAUACGGCUUGGGAAGAGGAGAAACUGGCCAAAUAUACACGCAGUGAGACGCGUCUGUUAGAGAUCGUAGAGGCGGCCUGUGACAAAUCUGACUUUGAAUGCAACCGGCUGCUGGAGCAGAUCGAGGACCAGGUGGAGACGUGGUGGUUUCACAGACAGCAAGAAUCUCCAGACCUGUUCGAAUGGCUGUGCAUCGAGGAGCUCCGACUGUGCUGCCCGUCUGGACACUACGGGCCUGAAUGUGCAGAGUGCCCCUCCGGCCCUGCAGGAGUGUGUGGAGGUCUGGGCCGCUGUGAGGGUGAAGGCACUCGUCUGGGAGACGGAGAGUGUGUGUGUGACCCGGGAUACUCCGGCGCUCUGUGUCAGGACUGUGCCGAUGGAUAUUACCGGGAGAAGAGCUCCAAUCACACACAGCCGCCCUGCUCAGCUUGCCAUUAUUCGUGUAAGAAGUGCAGAGGUCCCCAAGACAACAGAUGUCAGGACUGUAAGCCUGGGUGGAUCCUUCACAGCAACAAGUGUGUGGAUGUGGACGAGUGUGGCACUGAGUUGGCUCGCUGUCCUUCGAACACGUACUGCUUCAACACAGACGGCUCUUAUGAAUGCAGAGGUUGUGAUCAGGCGUGUGUGGGCUGCAUGGGGAGCGGACCGGCUCGCUGUAAGAAAUGCUCUCGAGGCUUCAGAAUCACUGGGGCAAAGUGUUUAGACAUCGAUGAGUGUGCGGAGAGAGCCAUCGCCUGCCCUGGACUCAAUGAAGCGUGUGUUAAUGAGGAGGGUUCGUUCCGCUGCGAGUGUGCCGAGGGAUUCAUCCGACGGGAAAGCAUUUGUGUGGAGAAUCUGCCACCUACGGGUCCAGAGAAGGGUUUGUUCGAUGACAUGACGGAUGACGAGGUGCUCGUCCUCCAGCAGAUGUUCUUCGGUGUGGUGAUCUGUGCGCUCGCUACUCUCGCCGCUAAAGGAGACAUGGUGUUCACCGCUAUCUUCAUUGGUGGCGUGGCGGCGAUGGCGGGAUACUGGCUCUCGGAGAAGGGAGACCGCGUGCUCGACGGGAUCCUGAAGGGACGCUGAUGAUCGAGGGAGUCCACAGGGAACGUGAAGCUCCGGGAUCAGUCGUGGCUCGAGGAAUGCAUGUCAGGACGUGCUUCUGGGUAAUGAUGACGACGCUGCUGCUGAAAAGCUCUUUUACAACACUGUGUUUCAACAGCUCAGCUGCUGCUGUGUUUAUGAAACGCCACACGGUCAGCGAAGGGAUAUGGAGACGUGUGCAACCCGUUCAGGGAGAAAGACUGUACAUAUGUUGGCAUGGACGUAUUGGCACUCUCACCACAUUAAAGGAAUAGUUCAGGCUAUAAUAAACAUUUCCUGAUUAUUUACUCACCUAAAGGCCAUCCCAGAUGUUCAUGACUUUCUUUACUCAGCCAAAGAGAAAUGAAGGUUUUGGAGGAAAACGAUCUAAUGUGAGUGAAUGGGGCUCAACGUCGACCAUUAAGGCCCUUGCACACUGAGUCCGAAAUUUCCGAACGUUAAAAAAUAAAUACGACCUCACGUUAUGUCUAUCACGCUUGCACACUGCCUCCGAAACUUUCGUCCGUCAUAAAAAAAAUCAAAUCAGG